AUGGGAAAUUACAAAUCGCGUCCUUCCACUUCUUGUUCAGACGAACUCAAGAAGAAAAUAAGUGAAGGGUACUCGGUGAUCCGUAGUCGGCUGAACGAUGAUGUUAAAACUCGAGUCGCAUCAUGGAACGAACUUCAAGUCGCUGCCUUUGAAAAAAGUUCGCAAGAUUUUGGAGCUCUCGUAGCACAAGAAAACAUCGAAAUCCUCACACCACAACACUUAUCUUUGCUUCAUAUUAUCUGUGCAGGGCACAGUGAUUCGCAACAGUCAAAAGUUGCAAAACUGCUAGCAGUUUAUGAAUCUGAUGCAACUAAACAGAAAUUCAUGCUGAACAAGUUAACAAACAAUGGGUUCUCUCCUUUACAUCUAGCAAUCUAUAAGGCUGAUUCUUCCCUUGUUGAAUGUCUUCUUCAGUUUGGUGCUGAUCCAUCUGAACAUGGACGGCAUCACAUUCCUCCUCUUCACUUAGCAUCAAUGAUUGGAUCGGCAUCUAUAGUUAGAAGUUUAAUAGAUGCAGGAGCUCCGUUGCAUGCAAACGAUUUUGUACAGUUCACAGCACUUCAUUGUGCUACUUAUUUUGCUCAUGAAGCGGUUGUUAAAUGUUUAUUGGAGUUUGGUGCUGAUGCUAACUACGCAGGAGGGGUUCGUGACAGGCCCUUACAUCUUGCAGCCAGCCGAGGCUUAUUUGCUAUAGCGGAAUUGUUAUUAGAAUAUGAAGCUGAUGGUUUGCUGGAAGAUGAUGAAGGUAACUUGCCAUUGCAUUUCGCUGCCAAGGGUGGACAUAUGCAAUUGGUGCAGCUCUUACUGAAAAGAUGUUCAAACUCAACUUCUGAGAUGAUAACCAAUCGAAAUGUAUAUGGUGAUACACCACUUCAUCUCUCUUGUUACGCUGGUAGGGUAGAUAUAACUCGAAGUUUGCUAUCAUUGACUACCAGUGCCAUUGUUACUUCGGAGAAUGUUUUCUCAGAAACUCCUCUGCAUGCUGCAUGCACUGGUGGAAAAUCAGUUGAAUUAGUUAGUUUAUUAUUAAAGCAGCCUGGAGUUGAUCCUAAUUAUCAAGGGCAAGACGGUCAUACAGCGCUGCACUCUGCUUGUUAUCAUGGCCAUUUACGAAUAGUACAAUUUCUCCUGGAACAUGGGGCCGAUCAAAGUUUAACGGCAAGAGCGACAGAUACUGCGUUAACUGCCGCUCAUGGAUACGUUUGUUCCAAACCAUCUACUGUGGCUUCCGCCAUUCUACAACUGAAUAGGCCCGAGCCAGCAUCGUCGUCUAUUUCAUCUCAUAACUCCACAAUAUCACUGGAGGAUCAACAAACUCCUGUAAUUUGGGCUUAUGAAAAAGGCCACGAUGAAAUUGUUGCUAUUCUCAAGCAUUAUGCAAACAAAAGAGCUGAUGGAGAUGUCGCAAGUGAAUACAGCUCGGGGGAAUCAUCCUAUACUCCUUUACCCUCCCCAAUGGGUCGACUACAUUCUAUAACACGAGAGAAGGCUGAAAUUUUGCAACUUCGUAGCACUCUCAAGCCUAUCUUCCAUUUGAAUUUGGGCGAUGUCGACUUUCAAGAAGCCAUUGGAAGUGGUUCCUUUGGUAAAGUCUACAAGGGAAAUUACAGAGGUCGAACAGUGGCUAUAAAGCGAUACCGUGCAAUUGCUUUCGGAAGUAAAUCUGAAGUAGAUAUGUUAUGUCGAGAAGUUUCAAUUCUAUCACGAUUGUCACAUCCCAACGUUCUCUCUUUCAUCGGAGCUUCUUUGGACGAUCCAAGUCAAUUUGCUAUAAUAACAGAGUUUGCCGAGAAUGGCUCAUUAUUUACCAUCCUUCAUGAGCAAAAAAGAGUUCUUGAACCAGCUUUCCGUCUCAGAAUCUCUUACGAUGUAGCACAGGGAAUGAGAUACUUACAUGAUGCUGCAUCAAAACCGGUUAUUCAUCGGGAUUUAAAUAGUCACAACAUUCUAAUUCAUGGAGAUGGAAGAAGCGUUGUAGCAGACUUCGGAGAGAGUCGGUUCGCUGCUAAUAAUGACGAUGAUAACUUAACGAAACAACCAGGGAAUCUGAGAUGGAUGGCUCCAGAAGUUUUCUCACAAAGUGGAAGAUAUAAUAGGCUGUUGGACGUGUUUUCCUUUGCUCUUGUAGUUUGGGAAAUACACUCUGCCGAACUACCAUUUUCUCAUUUAAAACCAGCCGCUGCCGCCGCUGAGAUGACUUAUAAGCAAGGACGCCCAUCACUUCCUAGCCAACCUACACCUCAGUUUCCAGAACAUAUACUGAAACUAUUGCCCCGAGCAUGGAACUCAGAACCAUCUGAGCGUCCUGAUUUCUCUGAUAUCGUAGCAACACUAGAGCCUCAUGUCGAUAAUCAUUUCAACAUCGAAGUGAGAUCGUCUGUAUCGCAGCUGAAAACACAGUGGGAGCAAAUCAGCGCUACUCCUACUAUCAGAGCAGUACCUAUACUGAACUCAUUAUAUGGUAUAACAUCAACAGGCACAGUAGAAGAGCUGCGUCAACGACUGGAUCGAAAUGGAUAUGUAUCUCAACCAACUAAACUAAAAUAG